AUGAUGAGAAAAAUAUCAUAACAGUAGAAACAAUCAGAGCUGAUGCUGGAAGCCCUUUGCAGUUUGAUCCUCUGCCACUGUUGUUACCUCGUGUGCCACAAACUAAAAUGCCCUCAGUGACAUCAAAUCUGUGCCCAAAAACCAGAUGUGGCCGCAAAAGCAAAAAGAGAAGAAAAACACCUCAAGUAAAUCUCUCUCAAGGGUUAAGUAGUGGCUCUCAACAUAAUCUAAAUGGCUUGAUGGUGAUACAUGGGAUCCAGUUACAGCAAAGGAAUCUGCCUGUAAUGGAGAAAACAUUGGACCUGGAUGACAAACGGCCAGGCUCCAGUUCCAUCCUCUCUCCCAGGGUGUGGCCAAACCGUCCUCUAGAGCUCAGCACAUCAUCCCUGUCACGCUCGACAAGAAGGCGAAACCCACCACCACGUACCCUGCAUCCCAUCAACACAAGCCACUCUCGUACUGGGACCCCAGGGUCUGUGGACGAUGUCUUCAGGGGAACUCGAUUUCUGACUGCACAUGAGCACCUGACCUCACCCUCCCCGCUGCCGCUAAGCCGAAAUAAUCUCCUACCACCUAUUACUACCACCAGUGUGGCAGAGCAUGUGAGCACUGCAGGAUCCCAGAGGCAAACGAAAUCUCGAAGGAACUCAAGUCGAGCUCACAGUGUAACAACACACGAAGAUACCCACCAGCAGCUACAGGAGCAGCUUUCCUUACCUGAUCGCUUCUCCAGGCCUAACACAACCAACGCAUUCUUGCCAGAUCCACAGCACCGCCGUUCUUGCACUGUUAUUGAUUAUAGUAAUCAAUCUUGGACAAGCAGAGGAUCAACAGCUUCAGGUCUUCAGCUGCAUGGUUCUGUGAAAGCCCGCAGUCGAAGUGGAUCAGUGACAAAAAGCAAACAGGGGUUCUGA